AUCCGGCGUCCGCGGGAAAAUAUCUUUUACAUACGUGUAUCCCGAAAAAAACCCGCUAUAUCCUAAACAACAGUGCAUUGAUCUCAAGCGAUGAAUAGUUUGACUCGAGAUAAACCCAUCCUGGUUUUGAUGAAGCGAUAAAAGUUAAAUCGAUAGUGCUUCAGAAGAGUCGCUCUCGCAUUACAUUUAUCUCUGUCAUCGCGUUAUUGUGUUAACUCCGGCAAUCCCAAAUUCCCUCGUCACCUAGUGGAGCUAGAGAAAGGGCAACACAUUACAUGAACUCGCCGCGACCGACCGCCAUGCUGCCCAUCCGAAGUCUAUUCCUUGCGCUUCUUGCGUGUCUUGCACUGGUAUCGGUGAGUUCUGCUCAAAGACAAGCUUAUGGUCCGUGCCGUGACACGUUCUGCCCACGUGGUGGAGUUUGCACGCCCUACGUGGAGGGGGACCGGAGCUACACCACGUGUGAGUGCCCCACCUCGUGCCCAGACCUCGACGACCCAGUCUGCUCCAUUUUCAACCAGGAGUUCAAGAACGCGUGCGAGAUGCACAAGUACGCAUGCAAGUUACAAAUGAGUAUGGCGAUCAAGAACGCCGGGGCAUGUGUCAAACCAACCGACCCUAAGAUGAUGGGGAUGACGGACUGUCCUAAGUGGAUGCUAGAGCAGUUUCCGUACCGUUUUCUCGAUUGGCUUUAUCUUACCCGUGAGCUCAGCAGAGAUCCUAGGUUUGAGAUCGCGAAACGUGGCGAGCAGCUGACGGGAGACGAGAUCAAGGAAGUGUUAGCGUGGGAGUUUAAUAACUGGGAUCUGAAUAAGAACGGCAUUUGGGACAAAGAAGAGCUAGACCUUGUACAGACCAUCCUCAUGCCGAUCGAGGGCUGCUCGUUUGGAUUCCUUAAAUCCUGUGACUUGGACGGCAAGGGCGACAUGGAUCGACGUGAAUGGAUGAUGUGCUUCCCCGAGGGAGUGAUUGACAUAUCGACUGGCUCUAGAAGACACUAGACCACCUUAGGUGCCGACCAUUUGACUUUUGAGUGGGAGGACGCAGGAUAUUUUUUUUCAAAGCAUUUGACGUGCAAGAAUUUGUUAACGGUGCAAGAUAUUUUUUUUUCGUCCACCAGUUGGUGGGGAUAUUUUUUUUCAAAAUCAUCCUCCCCCCCCCUCAAAAGUCAAAUAGUCAGCCCCUUACUUACCAGCCUUGCCUCACUGUUGUCGUAUAUUGCCAAGAAUUUUACCGAACAUGCGAUGAAUCAUGCAAUGAUCGUGGUCGCCUUUGCUCUUGCUGUGCGAAGAUGCAAUUGAGCUGUAUUCUAGUUUAGUUUCAACGUGUCUCGCAUUGUACCCAAGGACAAGUAACACCGGAUGGGGUGGAUUACUGUGUUUUUUCGACAGGGUCGCCCUGCAUAGCAAAGACGAGCAGUCGUGUUACUUGUUGAUGUUGUAGGUGUUGAUGUUGCUGUUGUUCAUUAAUGAUUAUUAUAAUGAUGAUGAUGAAGAUGAUAAUGAUGCAAAGUAUGGUACAAUAAAGAUAUGAUGAUUGGUAUCGACGGUAAUGAAUUAACGUAAAAGGGAAAUGAUUAUUUUUGUUAUAUAUUAACAUCUUUGUACUUUAGUUCACUGUCUUUUUAUAUAGAUUAAACCUAGUCUCAAGUGAUUUGAGAUGUAUAAUUUAUAUUAAAAUUUUACUUUAAAAUAUA